UACAGUAGCUGAGACAACGGAGCACAGUCCCCGGGAAAACACACACACCUCCACCGUCAACCGGCGACUCGCGCGCUGCGACUCUCUCCAAGAUCCGAUAGCAGCAGUAUCAGCAGCAGUGUGUGAGUGACCCCCAUCCCAAAUAAACAUGGGAAAGGAAAAGCUGCACAUCAACAUCGUGGUCAUUGGCCAUGUGGACUCUGGGAAAUCCACCACCACCGGACACCUCAUCUACAAAUGUGGCGGCAUUGACAAGAGGACCAUCGAGAAGUUUGAGAAGGAGGCUGCCGAGAUGGGCAAGGGCUCCUUCAAGUACGCCUGGGUGCUGGACAAGCUGAAGGCCGAGAGGGAGCGUGGCAUCACCAUCGACAUCUCCCUGUGGAAGUUCGAGACCAGCAAGUACUACGUCACCAUCAUCGACGCGCCGGGACACAGGGACUUCAUCAAGAACAUGAUCACUGGCACUUCCCAGGCGGACUGUGCGGUGCUGAUUGUGGCGGCGGGCGUGGGCGAGUUCGAGGCGGGCAUCUCCAAGAAUGGGCAGACGCGCGAGCACGCCCUGCUGGCCUACACGCUGGGCGUCAAGCAGCUGAUCGUGGGCAUCAACAAGAUGGACUCCACCGAGCCCAACUACAGCCAGAAGCGAUACGAGGAGAUCGUCAAGGAGGUCAGCACCUACAUCAAGAAGAUCGGCUACAACCCCGACACUGUGGCCUUCGUACCCAUCUCCGGCUGGAAUGGGGACAACAUGCUGGAGCCCAGCCCCAACAUGACCUGGUUCAAGGGCUGGAAGAUCACGCGUAAGGAGGGCAGUGCCUCUGGGACGACCCUGCUGGAAGCCCUGGAUGCCAUCCAGCCCCCCUCACGGCCCACGGACAAGCCCCUACGCCUGCCCCUGCAGGAUGUCUACAAGAUUGGCGGCAUUGGCACUGUUCCCGUGGGCCGCGUGGAGACGGGCAUCCUGAAGCCCGGCAUGGUGGUGACCUUCGCCCCGGUGAACGUGACCACGGAGGUCAAGUCGGUGGAGAUGCACCACGAGGCGCUGACCGAGGCCCUGCCCGGAGACAACGUGGGCUUCAACGUCAAGAACGUCUCCGUGAAAGACAUACGCCGCGGCAACGUGGCCGGCGACUGUAAGAACGACCCCCCGCAGGAAGCCUCUGGCUUUACGGCACAGGUGAUCAUCCUGAACCACCCAGGCCAGAUCAGUGCCGGCUACGCCCCGGUGCUGGACUGCCACACGGCCCACAUCGCCUGCAAGUUCGCCGAGCUGAAGGAGAAGAUUGACCGGCGCUCGGGCAAGAAGCUGGAGGACAACCCCAAGAACCUCAAGUCUGGGGAUGCCGCCAUCGUGGACAUGAUCCCCGGCAAGCCCAUGUGUGUGGAGAGCUUCUCCGAGUACCCCCCUCUGGGACGCUUUGCAGUGCGCGACAUGCGUCAGACGGUGGCGGUCGGCGUCAUCAAGGGUGUGGAGAAGAAGGCCGCGACCUCUGGCAAGGUCACCAAGUCCGCCCAGAAGGCUCAGAAGGGCAAAUGAACGUUGUGCGACGCCGCCCCCGCCCUGCGAGUCAUCCGCGGCAACCACAACACGACCACAACGACAACAACAACAACAACAACCACACCCCUCCUCCCACCACCCAUCCAAAAAGCCUGGCAGGUCCUUACAAUGCAUCGCAAGAGCAGGAGGAGGAAAACUCCACCUUGCUCGCUAACCUUAAGUUCAACGUCAACGUAACCAAAAUAUUACUCAUACCUUCAACAUAACCAAAAAACAUUAGCUGCUCCGGCAAUGACAAAAGGCAACAGUUGUAUACAUGUUUGAGUAGAUGUUCUCUGUUGUUUCUGUAGCAAUGUUUCCCAUUCCCGUAUUUGUUAUUCAGUUCGGCAGUUACUGUAAGUUAGCCUCAUUUGGUCCGAUAUUAGAAGUCUGUGGAAUUGUUGUUUUUCUAGAAUAUUCCAUUACAGUGGUCCACUAAUUUGUCCAAUGGCAUUGGCUGAAUAGGUAACUAGUCAUAGUUUACACUGGAUUUGAUAAUUGUCCUCAGUUCUGUCUUUUAUUUUUCUGUUAAGGAUUGUUCAAUUGUUGUGUCGAAAUGUAGCUCUACAUAGCACCUUGACAUUUCUUGCACUGACUGUAUUGCAUUACUGUCUCUAGCUGAAUGCAUGUUCUUUGUGCACUUUAAGAAAAGAAAGCAUUUAACUCCAAAGGAAUUAGCACUUUAAAUUUCAAGUCUUUUUUGCACUAGCACUUGUGUACUUUAAGUGGUUAUGGUUCUCCGUGCUUUGCAGUGUUCUGUAGUAGUGUCAUGACCACCUGCCCAUUCUAUUAAAGAUCUCGGAACAUUC